UUGGGACAGCACUUGUAGAUGCCUGUAUACCUACCUUGUUGUCAGAAAUUGAGCUCCAGCGACAGACCUGUUGUUAUCUUCAACCAAUCCAAUCUGUACGAUGCUGCUGACCUUGCAAAAGAGAUACAAGAGCCUCCCUGGGUUUUACUCACGCGCCUAGGCGUUGAGGAGCUUGCAACACGUGUUCAGCGUGUGAACGCAUCAGAUUGGAAGCCGUGGUGUGUGGUGGUUGGUACUCAGGGACAUGGCUAGGGGUGGGUUGACCCACCUCCUGAUGAUCAGGCCAUGAUCCCAAGGCAAGAUUCAAGAGAAGUUCAGUCCGACACGGUACCUAUACCUGCUGGGAGAACUCAGAUCCGUCGUAUCAAAGGACGUGACCGACGGAUCGUGAAGCGCCCAUUCGUGGAAAAUCUCUCGACGCUUAUGAUUAUCCUAUUCGCACGGUUCUCCUUGUGAUCACUCCGAUGCGUCUGCCGACAUUCCAUUCCUCGCGGUACCCCGAGGGCUGGAGGUCGUGGUGUAUAAAGGCUCACACUGUGGCACUGUACUUCAUUGGCCU